AAAUAAUCCCGUACGUCCCUGGUCCAUGGAUUUAUAAUCUAUUAAAUGAAGAUAGAAAAUGUAGAUUCUAAAUCCACGGACCAAGAAUGUACAAGAUUAUUCUAAUACGUAAACUUGAUCCGACCUCUGUUCAAAGACAUGCUAUUCUUCAUCUUUUUAACUAUCCAUCCUAUUUUCCCUCCACUAAUCUCUCACAAACCGUUUCCUCUCUUUCAGGCAUUUUUACAACCACAAAGGCUUUGUCCUUUCAUCUCUCUCUCUCCCUCUGUCUCUCUCUCUCUCUCUAAACAAUGUCUGUCCGUAGCUCCUAUGAUGCUUCAAAAUUCAACUCUGAGGAAUCAAUUGCUAGAGCCCAUUCAGCCAUUGAAUCGCUCUCUUCCAUCCUUGGUGAUCUACCUCCUUUUCUCUCCUCGGAAAACCCUGCCUCCUAUCUCCUCCAUGACAUUGAACUUGCAGCCAAGAUCUCAUCACAUCUCCGGCAACCCAAUUCCGGUGCCGGCAAUAACCCCCUUUGCCGAUGGCUUUACGACACAUUCCAAUCCUCUGAUCCAAAUCUUCAACUAGUUGUAUUAAGGUUCUUGCCAAUCAUCUCUGGAAUUUACCUCUCUAGAGCCAUUUCUCGAAAGCCCUUAGCCGGAUUUGAGGCUGUACUAUUAGCUCUCUAUGCCCAUGAGACCACAUCAAGAGCUGGCCAAGCAAUCACAGUUACCAUCCCAUGCCUUUCACGUUCAAGCAUAUAUCAUGAAUCCAAAGUGUCUACCAAUACCAAUGCUAGUGGUCUCAAUAUAGCUGUUUUGUCACCAAGCCUAGAGCCCCAUGGCACUGUUAGAGCAACAAAGAGGGCUCGUAUUGUUGGUGUGGCCUUGGAGCUUUAUUUUUCCAAGAUUUCACUCAUGCCCAUAGGCUCUAAGAUUGAUUUUUGUGAGUUUUGUGUGGCUUGGGCUGGUCAAGAUGGGGAUAUGUUCAAGGGGAUUGAAGAUGAUAAGGAACAAUGUUCUUCUAGUAAUGAAGAUGAAGGUGUUGUUAAUGGUGGAGGAAAUGUUUCUAAUAGAGAAGGAGAGGAGAAAGGGGGAAGGAUUCCUCUACCUUGGGAUCUUCUACAACCAAUUUUGAGGGUAUUAGGUCAUUGCCUCGUGGGUCCAAAUAAUUCAGAGGAGCUGACUCAAGCUGCACUUGCUGCCUCUAGGUCUUUAUAUGCAAGGGCAUUGCAUGAUGUUAACCCUAGAGUGAUUCUAGCCACUGAAAGUCUUCUCAAGCUAGGGAGGAUAGCAUUGGAUUCAACUGAUAAAACAGAUCCAACAGACAUCUUUACAGAAGACAAUGUCAUCACCCUCUAAUGCUUCUUUAUUUGGGUUCUUUUGGUUGUGUUUUCAGAAUUCUUUUUUUAAGUCAGUGACAUGAGAAACAUGCAUUUCCUCCUUUGUAUCCAUUGAAUUUAGUUAUGCUUGUUGGAUA